ACUAAAAGUCUAACACAAAACCAACACAAAAAUCCAAACCCUUCUUCUUCUCUUCUUCUCUUCUUCUUCUUCUUCUUCUUCUACUUCUGUGUUCUCUCAUUUUCCAUGUCUGAUGAACACAGAGACCUUUACUAUCACGCGCCUUACCAUGAAGAUCAUUGCGAUAAGCCUUCUUCAAUUAUUGGUUCUUCAUCAACUAGUUAUGGGUUUGACCCUUAUAUGAGCUUUACUGAGUGCUUACAACAUGGAUCCAUGGAUUAUAACUCUCUUGCGAAAGCUUUUGGUAUGUCGCCCUCUUCUUCUGAAGUGUUUUCUUCCGUAGAAGGCAACAAUAAUAAUCUAAAGCCUGUGGAAAUUGGAGGAGAUUUUGGUGGUGGAGGCAACAAUAAUACUAGUACUGAAAAUCCAGUCACCCCAAAUUCUUCAGUUUCUUUCUCUUCAAGUGAGGCUGGUGGUGAAGAAGAUUCUGGAAAGAUCAAGAAAGAGAUAAGCCCACCAAAAGGGUCUGAAGAGAGUGCAGAAUGCUCCAAGAAAGAAGGCAAGGCAAAGAAGAAAGGAGAGAAACGGCAAAGAGAGCCAAGAUUUGCCUUCAUGACUAAGAGUGAAGUUGAUCAUCUAGAAGAUGGGUAUAGAUGGAGAAAAUAUGGACAAAAGGCUGUUAAGAAUAGUCCUUAUCCAAGGAGCUACUAUAGGUGCACUACUCAAAAAUGUACUGUCAAGAAAAGAGUAGAGAGGUCAUUUCAAGAUCCAUCAAUUGUAAUCACAACAUAUGAAGGGCAACAUAAUCAUCCAAUCCCCGCGACGCUUCGAGGAAAUGCAGCUGCUAUGUUCUCACAUUCCAUGCUUACACCAACUCCUAUGGCUACUGGACCUACCUUCCCCCACGAAUUUCUGGUUCAAAUGCCUCAUUUAAGCAACCAAGUUGUUGGUGCAAGCUCCAUGUAUCAACAAAGUGUCAUCAACAACCAACAUCUUCACCAGUAUCAGGUUCCUCAUGACUAUGGACUUUUGCAAGACAUGGUCCCUCCUAUGUUCUUCAAACAAGAGCCAUGAAAAAGUUUAAGUCCCAGUUUCUCAUUUGUACAUAUAUAUAUAUAUACUCUAAUUACUUUGUUUUUCUUUUUCAAUUUUCAUCUUUCCUGACUUCUUAAUGAGCUAGCUAGGUUACAUAUGUUACUAUAGUGCUUCUUCUCUUCUUGAUUUUAUUUAACACCCACUUCAGUUAUAUUUCUAGAAGUGGUUCAAUUCCCUUCUUAAUUAGAUCAUCAGAGGGUGAUUUGCUUGAGAGAUGCUAUAGAAAAAUCAAUGGGAAAUUAAAGUUUUAGAAUCCAAGAAGAUGAGGUCUUGCAAAAACCUAGCUUUAGGAGGAUUUCAUGUGCUUGUACCGCAAAAUGCACUCCCACAUUGGAGGCUUUCAUAUUGUAUGGGAAUUUAAGAUCUUUCAGAGGAUUUUAUUUAUCUUUCUUUUUUCUUUC